CGUUAUUAAUUUUACAGAAAUAAUUUAUAUAAUCCGACAAUACCCCUCAGCCAUGAUUCUUUUUUUAAAAAGAAAAAAGUAAAUAAAUAACUUUACUUCGCUCGCUCACAUUUAUCUCUCUCACUAUUCUCCCCCUUUAUCUCUCCUUCUUUGGUUACUUUUUUCUGUUUUGCUUUUCACCGGAAAGCCACUCAAUAUAUGGAAACGCCGGAGCUCAUCCACGGUGGUUUCUGCGGCGGCGCCGCCGGAGAGUACUCGCCGGAAAACCUGCUUCUUGAGAAAAAUGGGGACAACUUUAUUGUGGAGGAGCUCCUCGAUUUGCCCGACGACGAAGACGAGGAGGAGGGCACAGUCAGUGACGGCGGGCCACUCGACGCCGCCACCACAGAUUCCUCCGCCGUCACCACCGCCGCGGACAACUCCAGCAACUCCAGCGAUGCCACGUGUCACCACCACCUCGACGGCCAGUUUCCCGGCGACAUCUCCGUUCCGUACGAGGAAUUGGCAGAGUUGGAGUGGCUGUCAAACAUUGUUGAGGAACCAUUUUCAAGUGAAGAAAUGGAGAAGAUGCAACUCAUCUCUGGAAUCAAGGCCCAUCAUAAUGCUAGUACUAAUGAUGGACCUUCCCAAGCCCAAAUCUCCACGGCCCAUUGGCCCAAUCCGGUGCCCAUGUUCCGGCCCGACCUGUCCGUCCCGGCAAAGGCGCGCAGCAAGCGCCCCCGUGCGGUACCGAGCAUAUGGACGUCGUCGAGAAUCCCGACCGUCCCUCCACCUGACACCGCGGGUCCAGCGACCGGCGUGGCGUCGUCAUCCGCAAAGUCCGACUUCGGGCCGGGCCAAGGGAGCAAGCGGCCGAAAUCCACGGCGAAAAAUAAGGAAAGAUUCGUUGCCACCAGUGCAGAAGGGCGGAGGUGUCUCCACUGCGACACGGACAAGACGCCGCAGUGGCGGACCGGGCCCAUGGGCCCGAAAACGCUCUGCAACGCGUGCGGAGUGAGGUACAAGUCGGGCCGACUUGUGCCCGAGUAUCGGCCCGCGGCGAGCCCGACGUUCGUCGGGACCAAGCACUCGAAUUCCCACCGCAAAGUGAUGGAGAUGAGAAGGCAAAAGGACAGUAUGACUCAGGCCCAACAUCAAGUCCUCCAUCAAAAUCCAGAUUUGAUGAUAUCAUAUGUUUUCCCAAAUGACAAUGAUUACCUGAUCCAUCAACAUAUUGGGCCUGACUGUCCAAAGUUGAUCUAGGAGUUGUUUGGGCCAGAUUAUUAUCAUCCAAUAAUUAGUUGAGUGUUGCAUUUGAUUUAGAUUUUGAAAAAAAAUUAAUCACUAAUUAUAGCUUCCAGGAUCUGGUUUUUAGAAAAGAGUUUUGAGUCUAUAAAAUAUGUUCAUUCUGAAAGAGUUGAUUCAAAUAAUAGAACUAGUUUAAAAAAAGGUUUUAUUUUAU